CGUCUGUGCGGUCCUGGUGUGCUCGUCGCUGGAGAUACUGCCAUGAAGCUGAUCAUCUGUAUUGUGCUGGCUGUGGCAGCGGUCGUGGCUGCCGAUGAAGGCCUAUACCCGCAGCCUGCCCAGUCGGCUCCCGACUCCUACGCAUACUACAACAAUUACGAGCCAGAACUGCCCAAACAGAGCGGCUGGCUGGAUCGCCUAUUUGGAUCUACUCGGCGUCAGGGACUGGCAGGUCUUUUCGGAGGACUGGGAGGAAUCGGCUUCGCCGGUCCUCUUAUCGCUCUAGUCGUCGUCGUCCUCCUGGUGGCCGUGGGGCUGACCGCACUCAACUACGUCAUCAGCACCAUCAACUCAUCCGGCCGAGGCCUGGACACGGACGAAUGGGAGGUCAACCACUCCGUCUGGAUGAACCAGCUGCAGCAGGAUUUCGAGGACUCGUGGACGACGCAUUAGGUCGUCUCCUUAGAGCUUGCGUCAUUUGUGCUCUUCGUCAUACUUGCGCACGACAUCCCUUGUAGUCCAUGGACCCUGCAAUGCGUCUUCACCUUGACUACCUGUAAAUUUGCGACAGCCUGGGCUUUUAGGGAAAAAAUAGUGACUUCCCACCAUGCUUAUAUAGUUUCCAUCACUCUCCUGCACCACGUAAUUGAGUCAAAGUGUUAAUUCAGAGCAAAUGGCAAGUUAUCAUGUGCUUUUCUAAGGUGCCAGAGUGUUUAUGAUACAACUUCAAGCAAAUCAUGGCAUGUAGUUGUUCCUAUUCAUACUACAUUGAAAUACCAACUCCUUGGCAUGCAUUCCAAUUACUAGUGAUGUUUAUUUUACUCUGACAAUUACUAUGAUGCUGCUCCAGUGUUUCGACAGGUUGAUGCCUUCCAAGUGUUGUGUUCAAGAAGGAUUAUGAGUGAUCUUUGACAAGUUACUUGGUUUAGAAUGCAUGCGCGUUUUGCUGAGUUGUGCGCCAUUGUCAUCGUUGUUUGUUGUGUGGCAUUGUGCGUUUGUAUUUGUUAUGUUUUUGUUAUAAAAGGAAGCGUUGGA